UGCAGGCCUACAGUAAACACAAAUCGCCAUAACGUCGUUCACGUUUGCUCGUUCUUGCACGAUGAAUGGGGGAGAAUCUAAGAGUCUUAACUUAACAUUUUCGGGCUGUGGAUUUCUUGGGAUUUAUCAUGUCGGAGUUGUGUGGGCCUUUAAAGACAGAGCUCCAGAAUUUCUGGCGAAAGUCAACAAUGUCGGGGGAGCGAGUGCUGGCGCUUUGGCCGCCGGCUCGCUUCUUUGUGGCAUAAGUUUGUCUGAUUCGCUUCGGUUUACCUUACGUUUGGCAGAAUUUGCUCGAAGGUUUGCCACAGGACCAUUCCAUCCCAACUUUCAACUAACAAAAACGCUCAGGAGAGCCUAUAAAAGAAUUAUUCCUGCCGACGCUUACAAAAUCUGUUCAGGAAGACUUCACGUCUCGUUGACUCGUUGUAGUGAUCUACAAAACGUAAUUAUUUCAGAAUUUCAUUCAAACGACGAUCUCGUUGAUGCUAUAGCAGCAUCUGCCCAUAUCCCAUUUUACUCAGGAAUCAUACCACCAAUCGUCCGAGGAGAGUAUCACAUGGACGGUGGCAUAACGGACAAUUUACCUCAACAUUUUCACGGUGAAACAAUAACAGUGACUCCUUGGAGCGGCGAAAGUGACAUCUGUCCUCUUGAUGACUCGAACAGUUUUAAUCAUUUCAUGUUCACGAACACCAGCAUCCGUUUUAGCCAACAGAAUUUUUCUCGAAUGUUUCGAGCCUUCUUUCCUCCUGACGUCCAUGAUCUUGGUAAAAUGUGCAAGCAAGGUUAUAACGACGCCAUCAGAUAUUUGAAAUUACAUCAUCCCGAAUUCCUAAGAAAGAGGAAGUGUUCCGUGCAGAAGAUGACUAAUUUCUGCGAUUGCAAUUCAACGGAAGUAGAUGGAGAAAAUUCGCUUGACGUCAUCGCCAAUGAAAAACUUCCCGUCAUAACAAAAGUGGCAAAAAAAGAAUAUGUAUCACAGGAUGUUGUGGAACGAUGCGGAGACUGCAAACUAGACCAUUUUCUUGAACAGGCCAAGGUUGAAAUCCUUCUUGCCGAGAAAGAGUUGUCGUGUUUUAUUACCAGACUAUUUUACAAUGCUGUAGUCAAACCGUGUGUCAUGACUAUACUAAAGGUUUCAGACUUUGCUGAGAGCAUUAUUUUAAGGCUACCCAAACUUUCGACUGGGGUGACCUUCCUCGAUAUUCUACUUCAUACUAUCAAUGAUGCAAUUGUUCUCUACAAAAGUGAUCAAAGUACCAGCUCAUGCUCUCAGAGUUUCUACCGCGAAUCUCAAGUGUACAGAGCAAGCAUAUCUGAAUUCAAAAUUCAGCGAAGUGAAGAUUUGGAUUCCGAAGAUUACGAAACCGCCCGAAGCGAGUCGUCAUUUGUCACGUGUGUGUCUUUGUCUAUUAGUACGGAAUCCGAAGAUGAUUUUGAGACUUUGAGAUCGACGAGUUGCGAUACUCUAUACGACGGAAUCUUUUGCUGUGAGCAAGUUGGUCUUCAAAUGCAAGAAAGUAAAUUUCCUUCACCUUCGAUCGUCUCCAGUAAUAGAAGGUGGAACAAAGAUGCAGAAAAUAUAUUCAAAAUAUAUGCGAAAACAUGCACUGGCAACUAAAAUUAACAUGGUUAACUGACAAUUCUAGUUUCAAAAAGGCCCCGAGCACUGUACAUCAAAUAGUCAAUUUAAUUGCUUAGAUGAACACUUGAGUGAAAUUUCAAUUUUUGCAUUCACAGUUAUCCUUGAAACCUAAUAGCGUGUCAUAUCUCACGAUGUGAUGUCACUUGGCAAUUUCACACGCGAUCAUUUGCGGACUACAAAACAUUUGCUGCUUUGCGAACGUUUCGCUACGUUUUUUUAACCCAGAAUUUAUGACACCGAAAUAGUUUAAUUUUCGAAUCGACGGUCGAUAUUGUCAGUUAAUUAUUGCAGUCAAAGAUAACAAAGGGCAAAUUAUUUUUAUUGAUUAGAUAUUUUAUAAUUAUACAUAAACUGUAAAUUUUGUAAAUUUGUGAGAAUUGCAUGUAGCUAUUGGUUCAUUUUAAAGAAAAUUAGAAUUGUACAAUGUCCAACAACAAACAAUAGUGUAAAUAAUAGCAACUGUCACAAAAUAUAUAUUGCUGUCCACUCUCCGCUCAA